AUGCCAAAUUGGGAGCCUGUGUCCAUGACAACGCGUAGUGCAGGCGGGGUUUGCCCUGGAGGCAGAGUCAGUCAGUCCUCAGUUGGCAUCACUGCUCCAACCUCCACACUGCAUCACGCCCUGAGUGGAAUGGAAGAAAAGGACAAGAAAGAAAAUGGGGAGUACAUCGGAGAGAUAAAGGGUGGGCUGCGGCCUUCAAUGAAACUGGUUGUUAUGGGAAUUAUUAACAAAAAACCUAAGAGCAUUGAGGUGACUGUGUCCUGUAAGCCUCAGGAGCAGGACACAGAGGGCGAUGUGGGUCUCCUGUUAAAGAUCAGCUUCAUGGAUAAAGCCGUCCAGCGUAACGCCCGUCUAGCUGGAAAGUGGGGUCCAGCUGAAAAUACCCUCUCCUUCUUUCCUUUUGCAGCUGGAGAAUCCUUCAAGAUGGAGAUUGUUUGUGAGCACCAGCAGUUUCGUAUCUUGGUGGACGGACAGCCUCUGUGCGGCUUCACCCACCGGAUCUCCCCUCUCGCCUCCCUCACCGCUUUACGAGUCUUUGGAGACUUACAGCUGACCAAGGUGGCCUAACGUCGACGUCUCACUCACAGAUAAAUACCAUGAGGAAUGUUUCGGGAACAGUGUACAAUACAUAGGAUUAGGGUUGAGCUACUUCUUGAGUGAAUAAAUUAACCCAUGAUGGGGAUGUUGUGUUUCUAAUUUCAAACAAAGUUACACCUGCCUCGUAAUCACGUGAUAUGACAAAGUGCCUUCACUAGAUUACCUGUUUGGGGACAUGAAGAUACUGACUGAGUUUAACAGUCAUCAAUGUCUUAAAUUAACUGAGGAUUGUGAUUUGAAUUGAACUGAAUUGAGUUAUAAAACAAAUAUUUUUCCUUCUAUGAACCUUUAUAGAAAUGCGUCACUGCAAAAAAGUUGAGCGGCUUCACUAUCUGUGAAUCUAAAAAAGAGAUUUACGACGUUUAUUGUCACUUUCUCUGAAGUUAACCUUUGAAUGCUGAAGUUUCUGAAAUCAGUUAAAAAAAAGAAAGAUUGUCCUUCUGUGCCCGACUAAGAAUUAUAACAGGUGUAAUAAUUUAAAACAAUUUAAGUACAUUAGUGCAUGCCAGUAUUAAGAAGUAUGUUUCAUUCCCCUCAGUUUGACUCCAAAGGGGCUGGAGGGAUUCGGUUAUGUCACACUUUCUCUUAUUGCAUCAUGAUCAACUUACUGUACAGUCGGCUUUGAAAAGCUACUAACGCCCGAUGGUUUGUGUACUUUUCA